AUGAAGGAGAGGAUGCAGAAUGUAUUUUUGCUAGAUCAUUACCGGGAUUAGGAGCAUGGAAAAAAUAUACACCUGAGCAAAUCAUGAAAAUUACAAAGGAACAUGUUUUUAGAAAGCCGGAGCCAAUGCUAUCGGAACAUACAACACCUACCAAGUCAUGGACUAUGCCAACACCACAUAAAGAUGUAAACGAAUCUUAUAUCAAAUCCCAAGAGGAUACAAUA